AUGUCUUCUGAAAACCAGGAGAACCAACCCAACCAAGUUACAUCUCCAAAAGCUUCGUCGGAAAAAACUAGCAGACACAAGCCAUAUAGAUGUCGUCUUUGUCCACAGAGGUUUGGAUUUCGAUCACUUCGGGAAGAACACGAAAAAAUGCAUAAAGAUCCGGAACUUAAGUGUGUUUUGUGUUCUAAACUUUUUCGUCUGAAAGGGAACCUGAAGAAACAUUUUCAACUACAUUUCCUUCGCGAAGAUGAGUUCCAAAAAGCAUGGGAGUCGUAUAUUGAUGACGAAAGCAAUGCGAAUGCAAAAAAUAAUGGCCCAACAAGUACUCAAGUCGACACUAAGCCAGUUUUGAAAGAUUUGAAGAAGAAUAGAGCAGCUGACAGCAGGCGGUCCUCUAUAGAGCCAAAACCAAAAAAGGCCAAGCCCAAUCUAGCAAAAGAAUCAAAUUCUAAGAGCACAAGAUGCUGCAAACUCAAGGAUCUACGAUAUGGGACCUCAAACAGAUUUUGCAUGGCCGAGGAGUGUCGCAUUCCACCAGGAGCCAAGUAUAUGUGCCCCAAGAAGGAAAUGGACGAUGAAGUUCAAAAUUAUUGUCUGAAGUGUUUCGAGGAUGCUGACUUGAAUGUAAACGAUUGGGAAGAAAAGGAAAACACGAACCCAGCACUCGAGGAAAUCGACGAGUGUGGAAUAUGCAAAAGGCUGUUUCACAGAGUAUGCGAAUUGAAUAUCAGAAGCAAAUCGUCUUUCAUCUGUAAGAAAUGUUCACCACGGCGAGUAUUCAACAUGAUGAGAAGAGUUGGAACCGUCAACGAGGAUGAAUGCGCAAAGUUUAUGGCGAGGAAGCUUAACGAAUUCAUUCUACAAAAUAACAGGCAAAAAAAACAUCAAAUACCAGUAACCGUCGUCAGCUUUACCAAAAUGAAGGAAGUUGUCACAAGCGAAAUGUGUCCAGAGCUUGACGCCUCCGAUUUCAUCCAGAAAUACUCCGAAACCGUGAAAUUUGUGUAUCGUGCAAUCUACGCUUAUCACAUGAUCGAUGGAAUCGAUGUUCCCUUUUUCUCCAUGUUUGUAACUGAAUACCCAUCACAUGCUGGACAAAGUUGGUGUACCAUCAAUUAUUUGGACACGGUGCCAUAUUUCGAGUCGAAAGGUAUCAAAAGGGGAGCAAUGCAUGGAGAAAUAAUACUUACAUAUAUCGAUUAUAUGAAGUCUAUCGGGUAUGAAAAUGCUCAUAUCUGGUCAAAUCCACCUAAUCAAGGCGAUGAUUUCAUUUUUAAUAUACAUCCGGACUAUCAAACAUUCCUGGGACAGAAUGGAUUGAAUGACUGGUAUAUUCGAAUUCUCCAGAAAGGAAAGGAAGAUGGAAUUAUUCAAUCCUACAAAACUUUUGAAGAAAAAAUGAAAGAAAACGUUUUCAAAAGUAUGGUCGAUAUUCCAAUUUUUCCGGAUUCGUUGUGGUCCAAUGUUAUGAAAGAGACAAAUAUGGAAACUUCCAACAAGAAUACCUUCAAAAAGAAAAUGCAAGCCAAUUACAAGAAACAUGCAGUGGACAAUUUUUGGCUCAAGUUGAACGAGCCAAGCGGCUCAGAGCCGGCCAUUCCGACACUCUUCCCACAUCCAAUCAUGGGCGAUCAAGAGACGUUCAUGGACAAAUGCGCGGAAAUGAAUUUGGAAUUCUCCACUCUCCGAAGAGCAAAGUUUUCUUCUGUGUCUCUAAUUAAGCUCAUGUAUGACGCUGAUUAUUUUUAA